AUGGCCACUGUUGAAAAAGACCGAGGGUGCAAGCCCAGCAUUCUGCGGUCUAUAAUCGCCGGCUCUAGUGCAGGUGCUAUUGAAAUUGUUGCGAAGACUCGGUCGCAACUCAAUCGCAGGCUACCUGAUUCAAAGAAGCUACCGUGGCCGCCUUUCGGAAAGCAGUGGUACGCUGGGUGUACCACAUUAAUUAUAGGAAACUCCCUUAAGGCAGGCAUUCGGUUUGUUGCUUUUGACACAUUCAAAUCUCUCCUGCAAGAUAAUCAUGGUGCAAUUUCGGGCCCGAGGACGGUCAUCGCUGGGUUUGGAGCUGGUGUUACCGAAUCUCUUUUCGCAGUUACACCAUUUGAGAGUAUCAAAACACAAUUGAUUGACGACCGAAAGUCUGCAAGCCCUCGCAUGCGCGGGUUCUUCCAUGGUAGUAAAGUCAUAUUUCAAGAACGAGGCAUUCGAGGUUUUUUCCAGGGCUUUGUCCCUACGACCGCAAGACAAGCAGCCAACUCGGCAACGAGAUUUUCCAGCUACACCAUGCUAAAACAACUGGCUCAUGCCUACGUUGCGCCUGGCGAGAAACUAGGAACCAUGAGUACCUUCGCCAUUGGUGGUAUCGCUGGUCUUAUAACCGUUUACGUUACUCAGCCCCUGGAUACUAUUAAAACUAGGAUGCAAUCACUUGAAGCCAGUAAAAACUAUAAGAACAGCUUCAUUUGUGCGGCAAGGAUUUUUAAGGAUGAAGGGAUAUUCACAUUUUGGUCGGGGGCUGUCCCACGGCUGGUGAGACUCAUUAUGAGCGGAGGAAUUGUAUUUACCGUAUAUGAAAAAACAAUGGAUGCUUUGGACUCAUUGGACCCACAGAGGAGAUACAUAUGA